UUUAAGUUAAGCUUAUAGCCACUGUACCUGUACCUUCAUUUUAUCGUUUCUUAACAUAAUUUUUGGCAAAACGUCAGCGAAAAACACGGAUAUGCUAGGUUAAUACAGAGCUACGUGCUUUUAAUUAGCAUUUAAACACCAGAAGCUUGUUUUACAGAGAGAACGCUUUAAGUGACCAUAUGUCAAGUUCUAACUCUAAACACUGACUCUGUUUUCCAUAAUACACCUAAAAGGCGUUUUCAGUCUCAAGAUGUUUACAGCUAUGGCUCAAAAUCAGUGCGCCAUAUGAUAUAGCUACUUUACAAAUGACACUGACAAAGGCUGUCACAUUCUCCUGUCUACUCGGCAUAUAUAUGAUGCCAACUUAACUGCCAGCUAAAUAAAUUAAAGCAUUUCAACCAUAAAUAGCGUUAAAACAUACGAGUGCUGUGUGACAAAGUGCUUGCUACAGACACCGUUCAGUAUUACACUCGUACUCCACACACAGCUUUUGAUACAAUCAGUGGAUUUUUCUGAGUAUGAAAUUAAGUAUGAUAAGCUACUAUUGCACAAUAUAUGCUGUAAAUGUGUUGGUGAUCUGCAGCUUAUUAAUGUGAAAUAACACUAUCAUACAAACAUGAUGCUGUAAAGGAUCAGCUAAAUAAAGCCGAUACCAAUGGCAGGAUUAAAAAUGCUUUACUUUAACAUGAUGCCAAUCGGGCUGCUUGCCAUAUAGACCUAUGUAAUGUAUACUGAGAAACUCAAAAGGUUUGAUUCGUCUUACCUAGUAACCAGUAUGUACGCUGGGUAAUCAUAAGAAUUGAACUACACUACAGGCGGUGACAGCAGGGGGUGGUAAUAAAAAGCUUCAUUCAAGACUGCUUGAGGCAGCUGUGGUGCGGGAGUUAGAGCGGGUUGUCUCCCAACUGGAGGACACGAUGUCGGAGCAGAACACGGAGGCCAAGUUGAAGAACCUGCUGAAGCAGGAGAAGAUCAAGCUUUGGAACCCACCGUACACUAGUGACGAUGGUCACCCCAGUGCAGAGCAUAUGCAGGAGCUGACCAAACGUUACACCCCCCUCUUAGGUCUGUCAGCAUCAGAGGUUGGGGCUGCCCUUGAGCUGAUCCGAGUCCGAGCGGUGGAGAGAGGCAAAGGGAACCGAAUUUUCAGGGAGACCAGUGUUGCCACUCUAGAGCUGCAGCUGCCCCGAGACUGCAGAAAGGAUCUGAAGUCAAAAGACUAUCUGGAGAUGAGACUGGACGUGCUGGUUCAAGAGUUGCUGGACAGGAUCAGGGAAGAGUUCGGCCUCAAGUCUGUCAAACUCAUUCUGAACGGGAAAACUCUGACUGCAGACCAACGUCUCAACUGUCAAGGUGUAACAAACCACAGCCGGCUGAUGGUGCUGAAAGUGAGUGAUGCCGAGUUGAAGCAGCAGAUAAGCAAAGAUGAGGAGGAGGAGAAGAACCAGAGCGACGGCCUCCAGAGGACCUACAAAGGCUUCCAGAUCCUGUCAGAGCGAGAUGGUAGUGAAGACCCAGACACAAUGCCCUUCCUGGAGAUUGCGGACCAGAAGGGCAAUCCCCUGAAGAUCCCUGACCGGGAGAGGAAGGCUCUGAUCCUUGCCAUGGGUUUCCACGAGAAAGGCCGCUCACUGAUGAAGAGGAAGCAGUAUGACAAUGCUCUUUGUCACCUGCUUCAGGCCGACCACCAGUUCAGCACGUUUGGCUCAGUGCUGCUCAGCUCAGUUGACAACUAUGGCGUCCUGCAGCUGGAUAUUGUGUGGUGUUACCGAGCGCUGGAGGCCCUGUCGUGUUUGAGCGAUGCCAAGAGUCGACUGCAGAGGGCUGAGGAGUGUUUCCUGCAGUGUUAUGGAGAGCAGAAGCAGAGACUGCUCCAGAUCAAGGGGAACACCGGCAGAGAGGAGGUGUUGUUCCUCCGGCUCCAUCUCCUCCAGAGUCUCCUGUCCUAUGUCGACGGAGAUGACUCACAGGCCCAACACCAGCUGUCCAAAGUGGAGUCUCUCUACGAGCGCCUGCGUCCAGACCCUGAGAAGAUGGGGAAGCUGAUGGCGCUGGGUUUCACUGAGAGAGAAGUCCGGCUCGGCCUGCGAGCCUGCUGGGGGGAUGUGCACGAGGCUGCCAUGCUCAUCAGCAACCGUAGACAGGAGCGUGAGCAGCUGAAGCAGCGUGAGCAGCAGCGGAGGGCGGCAAGGAUGGAGGCUAUAUCCAUGCUGACGGAGCUUGGGUACUCGAGGAAAGACGCUGCCCAAGCACUUAAGCGUGCCAACGGAGACAUCAACCGAGCGUCCGCGAUCCUCCUGGACUCUGGUCUGGCUGCUCAGGCCUCCAAUAACAACACACAGCUCUGUCCGGACCAGAUGGAGCAGCUACUGGAUCUAGGCUUUGAGCCCAGUGUGGCCGAAGAGGCGCUGCAACUGACGGCUGGUGACGUCCAGUCAGCAACUCAGCUGCUGCUGGACAACCAGGGUGUCUUGACCUCACCCACCAUGUCUUCCGCUUCUUCGUCCCCAUCCUCGUCCUCGGCGCCCACCCCCUCAUCUACCUCCCCAGAGGAUGAUGAGCUGGUCCACGAACUGCUGGGGGACAUCUCCCGCCAUGAGGAGGACUACCUGGACUUGACACUGGAUGAGGAGGCUGAACUCAUUGCUGCCAUGAAGGGCUACUUGAGCUGAGGUUGUGCACAUGUUUCAAGAAGUUCAUUGGCAGUUGUUCAGUGGAGGCAAAGACUUUGAAUUUAAUUAAAUAUUGACUGACAAAAAAUGGCUUCACACUUUGUUGAUUUGCACUAUACAUGUUUAAAGAAGAAAGUAAAGAAAGACUACAAAGCUUUCAGUUUGUUCCACUGAAUGUUUUUUGUUUCUGAUGUUUUUGUUUUUCAAUGUUUGUUUCUAAAUUCUGUGACAACUCGCUUCUAACUCUGUUUUUUGGAGAAACCAAAGAGCUGCUCCUUUUACACUGACAGUCUGGCUUAGGGAAAUUUUAUUUUGUUGUUGUCCUAACAAUAAGUAAAAUUUAUGUUUGUGACAGUUUGGGUUUGAGUUUGUUUAAAUUAAUUUCAUGAUGAUUUCAUGUCAGUGGAGCCAAUUAACAAAAUUAAGGAUUGUUGUUUGCUUGUUUAUGGGAAAAGCUGAGUUUAAGAAACAGGACAGCAAUUACUAACAUAUAUUUGAUAAUCAAUACAUUAAAAAAAAAAAAAAAGUAGAAGUUGUGCUGGCAAACUAAAUUUUAAGGAAAUGUGAAUGGAGUUUGGUGAUGAACCAGCCUGUAUCAUUUGCAUUUUUUUGGACCUUUUGU